CCAAAAUGGCGGUGUUGCGUCCUUUGCGACAGACAGGGCAGAAUUCUUGUUGAAUAUCUGAAAACAGCCUGUGUAUACGUUAUGAUUGUUGAAGAAACUAAUUGGAACGUGAUACAUCGACAUCUCUCUGCACCUAUUCAGCAAUUGGGUCCUGUGGAGCGUUGUGAUCUGUAGAAGGUGCUGUCAGGCAAAUGGCCGUAGCCCAGAAUGCUGCACACCUUACCAGAAUACCAAACAUGGAUCCCAACUAUGAGCGUCCAAGGUCUGGGUUGGCUCGAGGUGUGCACAUCACUCAGAUGGAGGAGUCUCGGACCAACCCGGAGCCGGUCAGUCUGGAGGAGUCCGACUAUCUCCUAGAGCAGUACCUGUCUCCAACAAAGCUGAACAUUGACAGUGCUAGUCAUGCAGGCCCACAUGCAGAAAUGUUAUCAGAGCGGCUCCUGACGGGCGUGGAGAACCUGGACGAGGUGCACUCUCUGGAGAUGAAGGUGGACACCACUGAGACCAGCCUGGGCAACUUUGGGGGACUGCUGCCCAACCUCCGCCAACUCAAGCUGUCUGACAGUGUCAUCUCAGGAAUCAGAGACAUUGGGUCAUCCCUACGAGGUCUGCGGGUCUUGUGGAUGUGUCGGUGUGGGUUGAGUGAGCUGGAUGGAGUAGCCUCUUUGACCAGUCUCAAGGAACUCUACCUCUCGUACAAUGAAAUAUCUGACAUCAGCCCCAUCAGCAUGAUCGACACGUUAGAGAUCCUGGACCUGGAAGGAAACUACAUUGAUGAUGUCAGUCAGAUCCAGUACCUAGCCAUGUGUCAGAGUCUGAAGAGUCUGUCCCUGGAGGGCAACCCUGUCUGUCUCAUGCCCCACCCAGAAUCACAGCAGACUGACUAUAACUACAGGGAGUAUGUGAAGAAAGUCUUGCCCAACCUACAAGUUCUGGACGAGGAGCCACUACUGGACGGGUCAGCCACAGAUCGUAAGCCCAACGCUUUUGAGGAUGACUGGGCAUACCUGGAGGAGUUGCAGAAAGAUGCCUUGUUGAUGGAGUCCCUGGUUGAUACAGUCAACAUCGGCACAGAGGCAGGUUCCCGUCCCGGUACAGCAGCACUACGCCCAGCUACAGCCUACCGGCCUGGCACAGCCCUCAGGAGACCGACCACAGCCUUCCGUCCAACAAGUGGUCACUCCCCAUCAGUUGCCAGCCGAACAGUGUCCUCAGCCCGUCCAGCGACCUCAGCCCGUCCAGCAACCUCAGCCCGUCCAGCCACCAGUGCAAGGCCAACGACCGCCAGACCAAGUUCUAGUGAUUCAGUGGAAGUGGAUGCAACAAGUGAUCUAACUCUGGGGAACGUCAUAUGUGGGAACCCUUCUCGAGCCCUUAAAAACAGGAGGAAAGUUCGGAGGUCAUCUGAGGAGGAGCUGGAGAAGGACAAGCAGAGGCUGAUAGCGGAGUCUGGUCACCACAUAGCGCUAGCGGAGUCUCGGACUACCUCCAUCUCUACAGGGGACAGUGAGCUGGAUCCAGAAGUUCGACAGGAGAUCUCAGAGUGGCGCAGUCACCACGAUAGACGUAUGGCAGAGCUGGAAAAGGAGAGAGCUCCCCAGGUUCUCGUGGUGGACCACAUGGAGCCAACAGAUGGGCUCUCGGACAGCUCACUCGCUGACAGUGACGAAGAUGACACUGCAGAUGGAGAUUUCGGGACACAUAUCGGAAGUGAGGACAGUGUAGUGUACUCACAACAUAAGUUUCGAGCUCCUAAUUUGGGGCUGAAGCAUGAUGAGUCAUUUGAAGCGGAAGAAGAGGAGGAAGUUGUUAUGAGGUCACAUCGGAGGUCCCCCAGCCCUAGUCUCAGGUUAAAGUCACGACGAAGCCAAAGUCCAGUACCAGCUGCCCUUAUGACAAACGGCAGACAACUGCCCACUCCACCCCUGUCAGGCAAGCUGGCAGCAAGGAAGAGUGAGAUGAGUGUAGUGACGACGGCCACAGGGUUACCUCCCCCUGUCAUACGAACACUAUCCAACCCUGGUGGAAGUCCGUCACCCCCGACCUCGGGGGGUAGUGUAGCGCGGCCAGGAAUCCCCCACCCCCGCAUACGGCGCCAGCUCCCCGAGGUUCCCAGUCUACCCUCAAGGCCACCAGUACCAAAGUCCUAGCAGGAACUAAACUAACCCACAGACAGACAAUCCCAGGAGGUGUGUGAUCCUAGAUAAAAGUGUGCAGUGAUUCGAGGAUUAGCACUUCAUCAGGCGUUGCUGGUGUAAUUGCCUCUGCCUCAGACCAGUGUUCAAAACUCAGGCAAAAUAUAAAUAGUGGUGAGGCAAACUUCAAAGGCAAAGUGAGAUGAAAAAGAGUGUCAGUACUGCUGAAUGUUCUCAGUUCAACGUUGUAGUGGGUUGUCCUGUGAACACUGCUGAGAUAUAUGUGCAGUGAUGAGAGUGAUGAUGUGAUGGGACAUCUGUUGGGGGAGGGUGACCAGCUCCAAUAAUUACAUCCUACUGUGAUACUUACAUACAGUGAUGAACAUGGGACUCGACCUGAAUGUUCACACCCGUCCAGAGCAUCAUGUUUCUGAUCUGCUGAACUUUUCAGAGUAAUAUGUCUACCUUAUUUACAGGGGGCACGGGUGGCCCAGUCGCCUAAGGCGCCGCGAUUCGCUGUGCAGAGUUGCAUCCCUUGGGUACGCCAGAAACCUAUGAUUGUGGGUUCGAAUCCCAGUUCAC